CCUCUUCUUUAAAGGAAAGUAGAAUUAGAAGGGUUCAGCGUUUUAGAGAGCCAGAGAGAGAGCAAUGGAUCAAUCAUUCAGUGGAGGAGGGAGCUGGACAGUGAUCCCAAGCGUUCCGACACACAGUGGCUCGCCUGCACACUCAAAUCAAGACCAGUUUUACCUGUCUCCACAGCAGCAACAACCACAAUUUACUCAGUUUCAGCAGCAGCAGCAGUUUAACCAACAGCAACAACAAUUUCAACAGCAGCAGCAAUAUCAGCAACAACAGUCCCAGCAACAACGUUUUAUUCAACAACAGCAACAGCAACAACCGCAAGUGCAGCAACAGAACCAUCACCACCAAUCAUUGGCUUCACACUUUCAUCUCUUACAGUUGGCGGAGAACUUAGCUGAUGCUAUUGAGAAUGGAACUCGGGAUCAGCAUUCUGAUGCUUUGGUCAAUGAAUUGAACACUCACUUUGACAAGUGUCAGCAGCUGUUGAAUUCCAUUUCAAGCUCAAUUAAUGCUAAAGCCAUGACAGUUGAGGGACAAAAGCGAAAGCUGGAGGAAAGUGAACAAUUGCUAAAUCAAAGGAGGGAGCUAAUUGGCAAGUAUAGAAAUUCUGUUGAAGAGCUUCUCAAGUCUGAGCCAUGACUGCUUUUCCCCCUCGAGCACAGGGAUGUUUCUACGGUUUUUCAUCCAUGAAUACAAAGUGAAUCAAAACAAAUUGGCUAUCGAGACCUGGGUUUUUUUUUUAAAAUUCUAGAUGUAUUUAUUUGUUCAACGAGUAGAUUGCUAUUCUCCUCUGCUUGACGCCAGCUACUGCCGAUGACAUCUUACUUCAUUUGGGUGAGGAGACCUUCACUUUCUAUACAUCCUAUGAAAUUGCAAAC